CCGAUUAUACAUCGUUUGCUACGCAAGUGGACAGCUGGCGCAUUUGUGUACUUUCCGGAAGCACGCAUUCAUAGGCCGUGGAUAUAAAAACAGUUUGCAGGUUGAAUAAUGUACUAGUAACUGGAGUGAAUAGCCCUGUGCGACGCGAACAAGUAUGCUAAGCACAAUCAGACAUGAUGGAUAAACGUAUAGUGUUGCUAGUGUUGGGGGUGUUGGGAUUGUGCGAGGGUAGAAAGUACGGGGUGUUGUGCAGAGUGAAGGACCCUUUGCUCGCCAAGAACUACAAUGUGCUCAAGGACUGUUUGUAUGAAGUUUAUCCGGUGGAGACGGCGCAGCUUUCGGGCAGUCUGCAUGAUAGCAUUGGUAACCACAAUAGGCUGUUUGCCUUGUACGGGGGAUCAAGUUCGUGUAGUUAUUUCGGAAAUUUGAUCAAAACACAAAAAGGCAAGCAAACGCUAGUGGAUACGAUUAAGAAGCAGUUGCAGAAGAGUGGUUAUCGGGGUCUCGAUUUACAGUGUGAUCCUGCACAGGCACAAGUUUCACAGCAAGACUAUGUUGAUUUCCUGGAUUUCUUGAGAAACCAAAUUGGAGGAGGUUACAUCAUUUCAGUCAGUGUGAAAAACCUGAACGUAGAUCCGAGUAUUGUGAAUACGUUGAAUAAUGCUGUCGACUUCGUUAGUGUGUUACAGGAUGGCAACAUGAAGCAGAUUCAAAACCUUCUAUCAUACGGUUUGGCCAAAAAGAAGGCCGUGGUAGAGAUUCCUCUCCCAGUAGUUCUGAACUGUCCGUUGGAUUCUGGCAUCCACAGCUCUCACUCGAUCAUCAAAAAUGCCGUUCAGGUUAUCCAGAAUCACGACUUGCUCGGUGCUACCGUGCAACUGGACAGAGAUGACACCGCUGGUGUUUGUGGAAAAGGUACCUUCCCACUGUUUCGCCAGCUGAUCGAUCAGCUGGAUACUUGUGGCAAUAUGGUCGGUACCGAAUCGAAGGCGGGAUGUAAUUUCAAUGGAUACGUCCGGGAUCCACGAGACUGUUCCAGUUUCUACACCUGUAACGGCGGAGUGCAAAAUCAGCUUCAGUGCCCACAGGGAAUGUCUUUCGAUGUUUGCAGCGGCAGCUGUCAGCCGUUCCUCCAGGUGAAUUGUAACUCGACUACAUGUACUUUGAUUGGUGCCAUCAACGGAGGAGGUAAUCAAGUUCCAAUUCCAAUUCCGUUCCCGUUCCCCUUCCCUGGUAACUGCAAUGGGUCGAAUGGAAACAAUGGUAAUAACGGCAACAAUGGCAAUAACGGUAACAACAACGGCAAUAAUGGCAACAAUGGUAACAAUGGUAACAACGGUAUGGACGGAAACAACGGUACUGGAAUUAAUAUCAACCGAACUGAGGUUGUUAUUGUUGAUCAGACGUCAGAGUUGUUGAAGCUUUUGAAUGCCACCGAUCUCGAGAACACGGUAGGAGUACUGAAUGACGCCUUGAAGGAUGUGUACCCACCGUUGAAGGAUGUUGUGCAACAAGUUAACAAUUUGCUGUCGAAUCUGUUGCUGGGUAAUCAAGCGAUAAAUGACACAAUGGGCCAGAUGGACGAAAUGCAGAAGAAAUUGGGACUGCUAGAGAGCCUCUUGAGUGUGGUGUUCAAGCUGUUGGAUAAUCUACUUGGGCUCGAUCUAAGUGGAUUACUGGGCGGUGCUGGAGCACCUGCUGGUGAUGCAGCUGGUGCUCUCGGUGGUCUUCUAGGAGGAUAAUUUGAACAGACAGUGCGAGAGUUUUGCUGUGUGUCUUAUUAUUUAAAAUAAAUUAUUUUAUGUCGAAA